AAAUUUUUGAUUUUGAUUUCAUCAACAACAACCCAGACAAAAAAAUAAAAGAGCAAAAAAAUAACAAUCAAGCUAGCUAGCUCGCUGUCUUUCGUCAGAAGAACCAUGUUCUCACCUUCUGAACAGUUAUUGACUCCAGUAUUGCUUCUCUCUCUCCUUCUCCAAAUAUGCGUUUCCCUAGACAUCAUAACGCCGGACGAGCCUCUUAAAGACGGUGACAUCCUCGUCUCCCACGGAGAAACGUUUGCACUUGGGUUUUUCAGUCCUGCAAAUUCUAGCCGUCGGUACGUCGGGAUUUGGUAUAACAAAGUGCCACUAAAAACGGUUGUUUGGGUCGCUAACAGAGACGACCCUCUCGACGACACUGCCGGUAUACUCUCCAUCGACGGUCAUGGAAACCUCGUCCUCACCGAGACGAACCGAAGCAUCCCUAUCUGGUCUACCAACGCUUCUGUUGUCUCCGCGAACCGUUCCAUGGCUAGGCUCUUGGACACCGGGAACCUCGUUUUGGUUCAUCCAGAAACCCAGAGCCCUAUAUGGCAGAGCUUUGACUUACCGACCGACACUUUGCUUCCGUUUAUGAAACUCGGGCUCGAUCGCCGGACUGGGCUGAAACGGUUCCUGACAUCUUGGAAGUCCAAGGAUGACCCGGGAACCGGCAACUGUACCUAUGCGAUUGAUCCAACCGGGUAUCCGCAGCUGUUCUUAUACGAGGGUGGGGCUCCUUUGUGGCGGGCCGGAUCUUGGACCGGAAAAAGAUGGAGCGGCAUACCCGAAAUGACACAGAAUUUCAUCCUCAACGUCAGCUACGUGGAUAAUCAAGAUGAGAUCACAUUUGAAUACGGUGUCACUGUUCCUAACGUUUUCACCAGAAUGAUGGUGGAGGAACCUGGGGUCGUGGAGCGGUCUACUUGGUUCGAGACUGGGUGGCACCAGUUUUGGUCCGCCCCGAAAGAGAAGUGCGAUAAGUACCAAGAAUGCGGUCCAAAUAGUUACUGUGACCCGAACAACGGUGAAAAGUUCGAGUGCACGUGCUUGCCCGGGUUCGAACCAAAGUCGGCCCGUGAUUGGUUCCUGAGAGAUGGUUCGGGCGGGUGCGUGAGGAAUGUGUCCACGUGCAACAGCGGAGAAGGGUUCGUGCAACUUGCACGUGUGAAGGUGCCGGAUACCUCGAUAGCACGUGCGAACAUGAGUCUGUCAUUGAAGGAGUGCGAGCAAGAGUGCUUGAACAAUUGUACUUGUACGGCAUACACCAAUACAAACGAGACAAAGGGAGGGAUUGGGUGCCUUACAUGGCACGGCAACUUGGUGGACACGAGAGUUUUUACCAAUGGAGGACAAUAUUUAUAUCUACGCGUGGAUGCAGCUACGUUAGGUACUCCAGUUUUAUUACUUCUUUUUAAUUGGAGAAGAUUCUGGUUCAUGAAUCUCGUAGAAAGAUUGAGUUUUCCACCCUUUUUUUUCUUUUUCUUUUUUUCCUUAGCUCAAUAUACAAAGAAAAAUGGUCUUCUUCAAAACAAAGAAAAGCUGGCGAUUCUUGUGGUUUCUGUUGCACUAAUGCUGCUUAUUGUGGCUUUCAUUAUGUAUUGGUUCAUAAUGAGGAAGAUUAAGAAGAAAAGACAAAACAAGUAUACUUUUAGCGUUACUUCUGCUGGAGCAAGCUUUGAAGAAUCUUCAACUAGAAGGGAGCUCAAUGGAAGUACAAGAAAUUCAGACUUACAAUUCUUUGAACUAAGUAAGAUAGUUGCAGCCACGGAUAAUUUCUCUGUUUCUAACAAGCUAGGAGAAGGUGGUUUUGGAUCAGUGUAUAAAGGUUGCUUAUAUAAUGGAAAGGAAAUAGCAGUGAAAAGACUAUCAAAGUACUCAGGACAAGGCAUAGAAGAGUUCAAGAAUGAAGUUGCAAUCAUUGCUAAACUUCAACACAGGAACCUUGUGAGGAUUCUUGGUUAUUGCGUUCAGGGAGAAGAAAAGAUGUUAAUCUAUGAGUACUUGCCAAACAGAAGCUUGGACACUUUCAUUUUUGAUGAAACAAAAAGGUCAUUAUUAGAUUGGGGCAAAUGCUUCGAUAUUAUUUGUGGGAUUGCUCGAGGGAUCAUAUAUCUUCAUCAAGACUCAAGAUUAAGGAUUAUCCACAGAGAUCUAAAGGCCAGCAAUGUUCUACUUGACAAUGCAAUGCAUCCAAAAAUUGCGGAUUUUGGUAUGGCUAGAAUUGUUGGAGGGGAGUCGGGGGACCAAAUUGAAGCAAAUACAAAUCGUGUAGUUGGAACAUAUGGUUAUAUGUCUCCGGAGUAUGCGAUGCGUGGACUAUUUUCAGUGAAGUCAGAUGUAUACAGCUUUGGGGUUUUGCUACUGGAGAUUAUUUAUGGGAAAAGAAACACUACUUAUUUUCACGAUGAUCCCUCCUCAAACUUGAUUGGGCAUGUUUGGGAGUUAUGGAAAGAAGGCAAAGCCAUGAAAAUAGUUGAUUCAUCACUGGUUGACGAAACCCCUAAUAAUGAAGUUGCAAGAUGCAUUCAAAUUGGGCUUUUGUGCGUCCAAGAAUAUGCAACAGAUCGGCCGAACAUGUCAGCAGUCUUUGCAAUGUUGGGUAAUGACAGACCUCUUCCUUCUCCACAACAACCUGCAUUUGUUUUGAAGGGUAGAAACCACCAGAAAGACACAUCAACUAGCGAAGGAGCCAUUUCUGUCAAUGAAGUAACAGUUUCUUUGAUUCACGGACGUUAA